AUGGCCCCAUUCGGCGGGGCUCUGUCUGCAUCGACUCUCUCCACUUUGUUCUUCACCAGCCUUGUAUCCGCGAGUACUACUGGAUCAUCUCUUCAGCCUGCCGCUGUUCAGGCCACAUCACCCAAUUCCUCCACCGCAACAUCUGGCACCGAAGUGAACGUCGGCGCAAUAGGUCGUGGUACUGUAGGCGGAGUGAUGGCACUGAUGGGUGCGAUGACCGCUGUGGCCUUCCUACUCCGCCGUCGACGCCGAGGCAAAUUAGCGGAGGCAAAAGAUGCUAGAGCGGACCGUAACCAGAAGCUUGUGGCUGACCUGGCGAGUAAUGAGAAGUUUGUUGUCAGUUCGGAAAUAACAUCGUAUCCUGAUGUGUGUCCAUCUUUGCAGUCGGAAAUACCUGCGGAGCUGCCGGUUACAAGACGUAAUAUACACGAGAUGCCCGAAAGGCCGUUGAUAAGGAGGUUGUCCUGA